AUGAGCGUUCCAAUCGAAGAUAUUCAAGAUAUUUUCCAUUUCUACGAUACGGUAGGCGAUGGAAAAAUUGCUGCAUCGCAGCUUCCACAUGCUAUUCGUGCUCUAAUGCUAAAUCCAACAGAGCAAAUGAUUAAGAAAAUGACAAAACAAUGGGAAAAGACACCUGGUAAUGCCCGAAUUUCGGUUCAAGAAUUUACUCCAAUUUACAAGAAUAUGGCGAAAGAAUGCGGGCGUGCUUCAACUCUGAAUGAGUUUCAGACACUCCUAUCUCAUUUCGAUCGUGAAGGAAAUGGGCAAAUAACUGUCGCUGAAUUACGCCAUAUGUUGCAAAACACUGGAGAAAAAAUGACAUCACAAGAGGUCGAUUCGCUUCUUUAUGGACUUGAAGCGACCGACGGAAAAAUCAACAUCAACAAUUUCCUUCAAACUCACAUGGGAAUCGAAGAUUAA